AUGGGAUGCCUGAAGCUUAGCUAUCUAGAUAAAGCUUCGUACCCCGCCUUCUUUGUCAACCAGCUUUCUCUCCUUGACAUAGCUUGCUGUUAUCCUAACAAGACUUUAAACCGGAAAGAGAGGAAUCUUGAUUACGGGUCAAGAGAGUUCAGCCUACAUCGGAGGCUCCGCGAAGCUCCUAUCCCAGCAGCAGCGGCUGCCAGGUGUUUUAAAAGACUGCCUUCUCGGGAACCCUCUAGUCGUCCUAACAUCGGUUUUGAUCGUUCCUUAACAGAAACUGACUCUAUUGACCCUACGACUUUGUUUUGCGGGGAACCUCCUCCCUACGAAAACGACCAAGACGAGUGGCUUUCAUUGGCGGCGCUGUGGGAAGAAAAUUCAGACCUAAAAAAAGAAACUGUUAUCACCACUAUCCCGGUAACAGGGGAGGGCAUGCCUAAAGGGUCUUCAUUUUGCGAGCUUUGUUGGAUGGUUAAAAGUGAACCCCACGAUAACAAGACUCAUAAACAUAAAGAAACCGCGACAAGCACGAACCCCGCAAUUACAAACACAAUUCUAACUUCAGAAUCAGUGCCUUCUCAAUACGCAUCGCCCUCUAUAAGCGCAAUGCCGCCAACUUCAUACUCAAACGUAAUUUUAUCUUUAAAUGCAAUACUCUCUCCAGAGACAACACCCUCUCCACAGAGAGUGCAUUCUUCAAACACAGUUCCUAGGCCUAGCAAUAAUAUGCCCGCCGCAGGUGAUAACGUGCCGAGUGUAUUUUGCAAACUCUGUUGGAAAGGAUUUCGCGACAUAGAAACACACAACAAGACCAAAACCCAUCUAAAAGGACACGAAGUGAGAUGCAACCGAUGUGUCAGCGAGCGGUGGUUUUCUAGUAAAGGAGCGCGAAAGCGUCACAUGGCUUCGAACACCUGCUCUGAGUUUGAUGAGUUCCGCUGUUGCGAUUGUGAUAUCAGCUUCCCAACCGCAAAGCUCCUUUCGAGGCACAAGGGAGACAUAACGAUCCAUCCGCCCCGAGCGAUCCCAGCACACGUCGAACACAACGGCGAUAUAGAAGAGCUCUCGACUUAUCUGAGCACUGUGACGCUCACCCCGCAUACUGGACCGAUGACAUGCCCAGGAGUUGGCUGCAGAAAGUCGUUUUCAAAGUCAUAUGCAAUGCUCACCCACAUCGAAAGCGGGUUCUGCCGUUCAAAGAUCAACCGAGAGGUUAUCGACAACAUCAUCAUUGCGAACGACCCCACAAACAUCAUCACAAACCAGGCUGAAGUUGAAAAACGAAACCAGGACAGAAUCUCCCUCGCCUCCUCCGAGUACUCGGAAUCGAUAAAUGGCAGCGCGCUCUUUACGCCUAGUGAUUUGGACAGCAACUUUGAGGAGUUUGAUACCGAUACGUUGACGGGCGAUGGUGUGAGUGAGGGGACUGUCGUGCCUCUUAAUCGCUCUAGAGCCUCGGAUUCGGACUCCGACUCCGACUCCGACUCGGACGAGGGGUAUGGUUUAGUGCCUAAGGCCGGUGCGCAGCUUCGUGGGCAUCUCAAUACACCAAGUGACUCUGGGGAAAGUGAUGUAUCUAUUGCCAAGCCCAGAAACUCUGGGCAGCUCUAUGAACACCACUUCAUGUCUUCGGAUGAUGGCCAGAGUGGCAGUUAUCUGCAAACCCCCGAUGACUCUGAUGAUGGUGUUUACUUAACUCCUAGUGACUCUGAAGACGGUGUUUACUUGACGCCCAGUGACUCUACGAGUGGUGUUUACCUGACACCUUCCAUAUCUGAUGACGACAUCAUGGACCAGUUAAUAUCCAUCGGCAGCGGCUCCGUGGUAUUUACACAAUCUACCGACAGCAUCGUCAGCCCGCCACCGCAGCCAACAAAAAUCAAAUGCCCCCUCUGCCCCGCCACCAGGGCCAGACAUUUUAUGAAUCUCGAGGGGCUGCGCACCCAUCUUCGGUCCGCGGUUCAUCAACCGAAGAUCUACCAUUGCCCGUUUCCGGAUACCACCGCCAGCGGUGGUAAGGCGGCCCGGAGAAAGAAAGGGGAAAAGCGGCAGAAGAAGAAGAGCUUCUCGUCGCUCAGCGCGAUGGGACAGCAUGUGGCUUCGGGGUCGUGUAAGAACGGGGAAGAUAGAUUUAAGGCGACGGUGGCGUUUUUGCAUGAAAAGUUGAGGGAGAUGGGGAUGGCGGAUGUCUGA